AUGGCAGACAUCAGUAUGUCAGCUCAGAGAAAACGAAGAGCUCAACGCAUGGCAAAUCGGCCUCGACGACUAGCCCAAGGACCAGUGUCGGAUCACGGUGAUGAGAUCCUUCAAGCCAUUGAAUUAGUCAAAGCUAAGCAAGAAGCUGAAGCUUACCCCGGUGGUGAUUUCCUUGAGACGAAGGAUCAGGAAACCCACACUUCUGAAAAAUCGACCUCUAUUGUAAGCCACUGUGACAGCCAGUCUGCACCACAGACAUCUGUCCACGAAAACAAGAGUGUUGACGAAGAGGUCAUCAAAAUGCUGCAAACCAGUGUCACGUGUCAAACUCUCAAACUCAAUGACCUCUCGACCUUUGACAUGGGAUGGACUGUAAAGAGCCUGGUAACGCUCGUGGAGAUUGGGCGGGGCAGCUACGGUCGUGUCCUUCUAGCACGUCAUCGCUCUACAGGCGUCCCUCUUGCCGUCAAAGAACCGUCUUGGUCAGACGACUUUAUGUCGCCCGGUGAAAUGGUUGAAGAACUCAAGGCAACAAGGACCAGAGCUACAAAGGAGGCACUGAUCCAACAGUUGUUGUCAGGAAGUCCCUACUUUCCAAAGUUCUGGGGUACACUAGACCUCGGAAACGAACUCUGCCAGGCCGUCGAGUUUAUCGGAUGCAAGAAGACAGGCACUGGCUACCCUCUCCACGCACCACCACGGCUAUCAGUCAGCAACGUUGUCAAGAUCGCAGAGGAUAUCGUCAAGGGAAUGAAGGAGUUCCAUGAUCACGGACUUCUCCAUAAUGACUUGAAGAAUGAUAACGUGCUGUUAGAAAAACGCGGUAAGCGAUACAACGCCGUCGUCAUCGACUUCGGCAUGGCGAGCACAAUGACGGCACCAGCAAAAAUGGUUGGGGUCACCAAAGAACUGAAAAUGGCAUAUGUGCAUGGAGGGGAGGCAGACUACAUAGCACCUGAGGUUGUCCUGGAUGAACAGCCGACAUCAGUUGCUUCAGAUGUGUUUUCGAUCGGCCGUAUCUUUUCGGAUAUGGGAGAGAUAUUCGAAGAUCUCCACUCUCCCGUGGUUCGAACACUGACCAAGAUAGGAUCUGAGUGCAUGGCAAAUGAUCCUGAUCACCGCCCAAGCCUUGAUACCAUCCAAACUCAAAUCGACAAACUCCAACGGCCGAGUAGAUGGAGGCGUGUCAAGCGAUGGUUCGCAAAGAAACUACAUCUACGCAGAAAGUAGUCCCACUAUAAUUCAUAUUUUGGCACCAUUUGAUAAUAAAAUCACAUAAAAACAUUCAUUGUCCCUCAUUGUAUUCUU